ACCUCCCCGCAGAUCCCACGCACUGGAGCAAUGCUUGCUGCCUUCCCCCAAGCAGUCUCCCUGCAUUAGGCACUUCACAACGGGCUGCUUUGACCUUGAGGAUCUUCAGCUUUCUCCUGAAUUUUGAGGGUUUGGUCAUCCUACCAGCUGUGAAACUGUGCAGAACCCCAAAGUAACCUUCGUUACGUGCUACCAGAACCCGCUGUUCUGAGUUGUACCCCACUCCUUCCUCUUACUACAAACCAACAAAAACCCUCAAGCAUUAGGUAUUACAAACUCUAAUUUUAAGAUGCUCUGAUUUUUUUUUAUCCAAAUGAUGCUUCUUGAACCUUCAGGAAAGAAGAAAGAGACAACAUGGUGAUUAUUGAACAUGGUCACAGUUCAAAGGGGGUAAUUACCUCUGAGCUGUCCCUGGAGAUGGCACACCACCAGCAGCCAACCCCUUUUCUAGAAUAUGGUUGGUUUUUUUUACAGGUGGCAGUAGAUUUUGCGUCUCCACCAUGACCGGGGACACCGGGUCUACAUUGUCUUGUCCUUACAGACUCUGGAGGUGAGAUGUAGGUUCCAUAAAAAUCAAUUUGGUCCGUGUGGAAAUGUCACUUGGCAUCCCCGGUCAAUCACAUCAUUUCUGUUCCCCUUGUUUUGGCCAAGGGGUGAACAGCGUGUGCCAGACCUCAAUGAUAAGAUUACAUUUGAGCUGAAAGAUAUUUUCUACUUCUGAUAAUAAAGCAGAACACGCGAUGUUUGCCAUGGAGCAUGUUCCUAAACUGCGGAGCUGAGGAGGAGAGGGCUGAUGGUGCCGACAGCUCUGUGUGGCCGUGUUCCUUUUCCCUGAGCCCCAGCACCUCUGAAACAGGGAGAGGUGAACACGGCAGCUGUUUCUGAACAGCUGACACUUCCAUGAGGUCUCUUUAGGGCACAAACCCUGCUGGUCCAUUCCAUGGAUUCUGCCAUUGCUCUGUGCAGAGUGGAUUUGCCUGUCUUUCCAGAAUACAGCCACUGUGAGCUCAUUGUGCACAGGGGCAGUUUAGUCCUUUGCCUUUUGAAAGUCCCUCCUGACAACCCUUCCUGGCAGGGGUGCAUCUAAGAGCAGCUAAUAGGGCCGUCUGCGUAUUGCGAAGGGAGCAUGCCUUGGGGUGCGGUGUCUUUCAAACCCUAGCCCUUGUGUUUCUUUCCUCCAGGGUCAUUCUGGGACAUUCCUCAAAUGGAAGAGGAUUCCUCUGAAGAAAGGCAAGUCCAUCAGGGAGGCGAUGAAGGAGAGCAGCGUGCUCCACGACUACCUGGAGAAGCAUCGCUACUACGACCCUGCCUACAAGUUCUUCAGCAACUUUGCCACCGCCUACGAGCCCCUGGCGAACAGCAUGGAUAUGUCCUACUAUGGGGAGAUCAGCAUCGGGACCCCCCCGCAGAACUUCCUGGUGCUCUUCGACACUGGCUCCUCCAACCUGUGGGUGCCCUCCACGCUCUGCCAAAGCCAGGCCUGCGCCAACCACAACGAGUUCAACCCCAACGAGUCCUCUACGUUUUCAACUCAGAAUGAGUUCUUCUCCCUGCAGUACGGAACGGGCAGCCUCACUGGCAUCUUUGGCUUCGACACAGUGACAAUCCAGGGCAUCUCCAUCACAAACCAGGAGUUCGGCCUGAGUGAGACAGAGCCUGGCACCAACUUCCUGUACUCUCCCUUUGAUGGCAUCCUGGGGUUGGCCUUCCCCGCCAUCUCUGCCGGAGGAGCCACCACAGUGAUGCAGAAAAUGCUGCAGGAAAACCUGCUGGACUCCCCCAUCUUCAGCUUCUACCUGAGUGGGCAGGAGGGCAGCCAAGGUGGUGAGCUCGUCUUCGGCGGCGUCGACCCCAACAUGUACACGGGGCAGAUCACCUGGACUCCUGUCACCCAGACCACCUACUGGCAGAUCGGGAUCGAAGACUUCACAGUUGGCGGGCAGAGCAGUGGCUGGUGCAGCCAGGGCUGCCAGGGGAUCGUCGAUACGGGAACCUCCCUCCUCACCGUUCCCAACCAGGUCUUCACUGAGCUGAUGCAGUACAUUGGAGCUCAAGCUGAUGGCAAUGGCCAGUAUGUGGCAAGCUGCAGCAACAUCGAGAACAUGCCCACCCUCACCUUUGUCAUCAGCGGCACCAGCUUCCCCCUGCCUCCCUCUGCCUACAUGCUCCAGAGCAACAGCGGCUACUGCACUGUUGGGAUUGAAUCCACCUACCUGCCCUCCCAGACCGGGCAGCCCCUCUGGAUUCUUGGGGAUGUCUUCCUGAGGGUCUACUACUCCAUCUAUGACAUGGGCAACAACCGAGUGGGCUUUGCCACUGCUGUGUAGGCAGCCCCAGCUCUGUGCACUGGGGCAUCUCUAUCCCUGCAGAGCCCGGAUCCCUUCUCUUAUGAAAUCUUUGCGUUGAAGAUGGGUUUCUUUCCAGAGUGUACUGUGAAGAAAAAAAAGAGCC